AUGAUUAGAAGAGAUAGAGAGAAGAGAGAAGAAAAAGGGAUGGCGAAUAGCAUAAGACGUGUAAGCAUCGCAGAUAUGAAGGGCAACAACGGCAAUGCAGUCACGGGAGGCGGCACAGGAACCUCGCACGCGUCUGAUUCACUCUUAAUGGAUGGUAGUGGCAGUGGCAGUGGUAGUGGCAGCAACAGCGGGAGCAGAAGCAGAAGCAGGAAAUCAAGUGGGACUGCAGGCGGUCUGCUGAAGAACCCACCACUGCAGGUAAACAGCGAAUCGGCGAAUGGUGCAGUGCCUGCCGCGCCGCACACUAUAACUAAUAAUGGCGGUACGCUCGACGUGAGCAUAAACAAUCCUGACCCGCAGGUGGUUGAUGUGGUGGCCCGCCACCUGAUCCGGAACCCGACCAACAAUCUGCACUUGCAAGGUGGAGACAUCACGAGAGACCUGUACAAGUGGACGAACGAGCAUCCGGCGUCGCCGUCGCAGAACCAGAACCUGCCCGCUCUGUCCACCUCGAUACCUUCGCAAGCGCCCUCAUUCUCCAACCGCAGGAGGUCGAUGAGCUUUUCAGCGGCCUCCGUAGCAUCCUCAUCCUACCCUAACAACAAUGCAGAUGCGAACGUGAACUCUUUGACAGGGAAUGUAUCCGCCAUGGGUCUGGCGCCCGCAUCGAUGACGCACGAAGAGAUCAGGGCCCCCGGCGGGUUCAGAAGGUCGUUCAUCAUACAAAAGCACAGGAGGCAUAACAUCAAUGCCCCCGUACCGAAUUUUUUCACCAGGAACUUUAUCGAGUUUCUGACCUUGUACGGUCAUUUUGCUGGUGAAGACCUGUCCGAAGAGGAGGAUGAGGAAGAAACCGAGGCGGAACAGGAACCAGAAGAACCGGAGGAGGAAGCUUUGGAAACGGAAAGCACCCAGCUUGUCUCUCGCGAACGUGACCGCCGCCCCCAUAAGUCCUCCACGGUGAAGGCAGUACUACUUUUGUUGAAAUCGUUUGUCGGUACUGGUGUGCUUUUCCUGCCCAAGGCCUUCCACAACGGUGGCUGGGGAUUUAGCGGCGUCUGUCUACUCAUGUGCGCCAUUGUUUCUUACGGAUGCUUUGUUUCGUUGAUCACCACUAAGGACAAAGUGGGCGUUGAUGGGUACGGUGACAUGGGUAGGGUACUUUACGGGCCCAAGAUGAAACUGGCUAUUCUCCUGUCCAUCGCCUUAUCGCAAAUCGGAUUUUCUGCCGCUUAUACCGUCUUCACCGCCACUAAUUUGCAGGUCUUUUGCGAGCAUUUUUUCCAUUUGAAACCGGGCAGCAUUAAUUUAGCCACCUACAUCUUUGCGCAGGUGCUGAUUUUUGUUCCAUUAUCAUUGACGAGAAACAUAGCCAAGUUGAGUGGGACCGCGUUGAUAGCCGACGUAUUUAUAUUACUGGGUCUGGUUUACGUUUACUAUUACUCCAUUUACCACAUCUCCGUUAAUGGGAUUGCAUCCGACACCAUGCUCAUGUUCAAUAAGGCAGAUUGGUCUUUGUUCAUUGGUACUGCCAUCUUUACUUUCGAAGGCAUCGGCCUGCUUAUCCCCAUCCAGGAGUCAAUGAAACACCCGAAUCACUUCCAGCCAUCAUUGUCCGCAGUGAUGUGCAUUGUGGCAGUAGUCUUCAUAUCCUGUGGUCUCUUAUGCUAUGCCGCAUUUGGGGCCGAUGUGAAAACGGUUGUUUUAUUGAAUUUCCCGCAAGAUAGCUCCUACACCCUCACUGUUCAACUACUGUACGCAUUGGCCAUAUUAUUAUCCACACCUUUGCAGUUAUUCCCCGCCAUACGUAUCUUGGAAAAUUGGACUUUCCCCUCAAAUGCAUCUGGUAAACACAAUCCGAAGGUCAAAUGGUUAAAGAACUACUUCCGUUGCGCCAUUGUGCUUUUGACAUCCGUCCUAGCAUGGGUAGGUGCAAACGAUCUGGACAAAUUUGUAUCCCUGGUAGGGUCCUUUGCAUGCAUACCAUUGAUAUACAUAUACCCACCGCUGUUACAUUACAAGGCGUUCAGCCUAUCCGGAAUUUCAAGGCCAAGGCUUCUGUUGGAUUUGGUUAUCAUAAUCUUCGGAGUCGCUGUCAUGGCCUACACUUCAUGGCAGACCAUAAAAAUGUGGAGCUCAUAA